GCGCUCCGUUCGCUUCCCAUCACAUACGUUCGCUCCCUCCCUCGCGCUGCGAGCUCGCGCUCAACAGUCGGCUUCCGGCGGCCUGCCGCCUGAUGUGCCCGCGACCAGGGCUCGCAGCGUAGCGCUGCGGGCGGCCCCAGUGGGCUCCAUCCUCGCCUGCAGCAGCUUGCCGAAAUGCCAUAGCGCAUGCUGCAACGCCCCGUUCUUCUCGCCGCCGACGAUUGCAGCUUCGUGCCAAAUAAUCUUUAAUCGGCCUCCACUUUCACCUCAAACACCUCGACGAGCAGCGACAAGGUCCGCCGCCACUGCUUCCUGUGCCUACACGCGUCGCUUCCAACGCUGUAGCUGGUGACAGCGGGCUCCAGCUUCCCUUCCCGUAUAUAACUGAACAGCGACAGGGCCCGCUGCCAAUGCCUGCCUUCAAUCCACGAUCUGAUCCCACCACUGCAGCUGAUGACGGUGGACUCCAAAUUCGUCUCGACCAUCUCGCUAAGCAGCGACAGGACCGGCUGCCACUGCUGACCUUUCUCGCCAGCGCUGAUCCCAGCACUGUAGAUAAUGAUAAUGGUAUCGGGCUCCAGUUUCGUCUCGACCAUAUGGCUGAGCAGCGACAGGGCCCGUCGCCACUGCUGACCUUUCUCUCAAGCGCUGAUCCCAGCCCUGUAGCUGAUGACAGUGGGCUUCAGUAAUGUCUCGACCAUAUGGCUGAGCAGCGACAGGGCCGGCUGUCACUGUUGACCUUGCUUGCAAGCGCUGAUCCCAGCACUGUAGCUGAUGACAAUGGGCUCCAGUCUCGUCUCGACCAUCUGGCUGAGCAGAAACGGGGCCGGCUGCCACUGCUGACCUUUCUCGCAAGCGCUGAUCCCAGCACUGUAGAUAAAGAUAUACCGUAGAUUUUAUCGGGCUCUAGAUUCGUCUCGACAAUGUGGUUGAGCAGAGACAGGGCCAGCUGCCACUGUUGGCCUUGCUGGCAAGCGCUGGUCACAACACUGUAGUUGAUGACAGUGGGCUCCAGUUUCGUCUCGACCAUCUGGCUGAGCAGCGACAGGGCCCGUUGCCACUGCUGACCUCUCUCACAAGCGCUGAUCCCGGCACUGUAGAUAACUGUAUCGGGCUCAAGUUCCGUCUCGACCAUCUGGCUGAGUUGCGACAGGACCCGCUGCAACUGCUGACCUAUCUCGCAAGCGCUGAUCCCAGCACUGCACAUAACUGGGAGGGAGGAAGAGAGGACAGCGGAGGGACAGGAGAUGGAAGGAACUCACGCACCCGGGCUCAAGGAAAGCAAUCCUCUCAAACCAGCACGCGCGGAAACGACUCAUGGAAACCAGAUCCGCAGCAUGCCCGUCGUCAUCAACGCAACGUCGCGCUACGGGUGCCGACGAUGCCCGAGUCUCAGAGCUGAUCCUAGCGCCUCUGUAGCUAGCUAGUGACGUCGGGCUCCAGCGUCGCCUCCCGCAUAUCGCUCAGUAGCGCCGGACCCUACUGCCAUGCUCGCCCUUCUCGCACGCGCUGAUCCCAGCGCUGCAGCUCAUGGCAUCGGACUCCAGCUUCGCCUCCCACAUCUCCCUCAACAGCGACAAGGCACGCUGGCACUGCCCGCCCUUCCUGCACGCGCUGAACCCAGCGCUGCAGAUGAGGACGUCGGGCUCAAACUUCGCAUCCCACAUCUCGCUCAGCAGCGCCACGGCCCGCUGCCACUGCUCGCCCUUCUCGCACUCGCUUAUCCCGGCGCUGAAAACUUAUGGUCACGGGCUCCGACAUCGCAUCCCGCAACUCGCUGAGCAGCUGUCGACACUGGGCUCCAGCUUCACAAUUGGGAUCUCGCUGAGCAGCGGCAAGACAAGAUUUCACUGUACGCCUCUAUCUGACAAAUGCUGACCUCACCGCUGUAAUCAAAACUAGGGCGGAUCCGUGUAAUGUUAUCCGAAGCGGCUUCCUGCGCGAUGGAGCGCCGCUGUCAAAUUCUAAAUACAGAUGGCCGUCCACACAAUCAAAUUGGUUGCCCAGCAAGUUCUCACACGCACAGCGCUUCGCAAGACAGGCGAAAACGCGAAAGACCGAUCCCAAGAUAGCCUGGGAAUCCUGCCGAGUUGCGAGACGACCUCUCAUACGCUGUGAUGCACAAUGUGUAGCUCAUGCCGUCGGGCUCCAACUUCGCCUCCCAAAUCUCGCUCAGCAACGCCAGAGCCAGCUGCCAUUGAUCACAAUUCCAGCACGCGCCGAUCCCAGCACUGUAGCUGAUGACGGUGGGCUCCAGCUUCGCCUCCCGAAUCUCGCUGAGCAACGCCAGUGCACGGUGCCACCUUUCACCCUUCCCGCACGCGCUGAUCCCAGCGUUGUAGCUGACUACGUUGGGCUCCAGCUUCGCCUCCCGCAUCUCGCUGAGAAGCGCCAGAGCACUCUGCCACUGCUCGCCCUUCUCGAACGCGCUGAUCCCAGCGGUGUAGGUAGAUGACGUUGGGCUUUAGCUUUGCGUCCCAUAUCUCCCUGAGCAGUGCCAGAGCCCGCUGCCACUGCUCGCCAGUCCUGCACGCGCUGAUCCCGGCGUUGUAGCUGAUGACGUCGGGUUCCAAGGUCGCCUCCCGCAUCCCGCUGAGUAGCGACAAAGCACGCUGCCACUGCCCGCCUUUCUCACAAGCGCUGAUCCCAGCACUGUAGCUGAGGACGUCGGGUUCCAGCUUCGUCUCCCGCAUCUCGCUCAGCAACGCCAGAGCCCUCUGCCACUGCGUUCCCUUCUCGCACGCGCUGAUCCCAGCGCUGAGGCUGAUGACGUCGGGCUUCACAGUUUCCUCGCGCAUCUUGCUCAGCAGCGCAAGAGCCCGCUGCCACUGGUCGCCCUUCUCGCACGCGCUGAUCCCAGCGUUGUAGCUAGAUGGUAUCGGGCUCCAACUUCGUUCCGACCAUCUGACUGAGCAGCGACAGGGCACGCUGCCACUGCAUACUUUUCUCGCAAGUGCUGAUCCCAGCGCUGAAGCUGAUGACAGUGGGCUCCAGUUGCGUCUCGACCAUCUGGCUGAGCAGCGCCAGGGCCCGCUGCCACUGCUGACCUUUCUCGCAAGCGCUGAUCCCCGCGUUGUAGAUCAUGACAUUGGCCUCAACAGUCGAUGCAACCAACUCGCUGAGAAGAGAUAAUGCCCAUUGCCACUGCUGUCCUUUUCGACAUGCGCUCAUAGUGGCUACGUAGUAGCCCUGGCUGUGCUUCACACAUUUGUUGGAUGCCUCGCAAAACAAUUGCAACGCUUCUCUCCAACUGUUUGUCGUCCCGGACUUCUUUGCGGCCGCUUCGAAGUGAGAGCCGACUAGUCCAGAUUCUGGCCAAGCGCCUAACAUCCAAGGUAUCCAAGGCGACACUUCAGCUGGAAAGUCACAUACUACCAAUUGAACAGGAGGCUCGGGCCAACACGGCUUGAACAAAAAAACCUACGGACGCUGACUUCCCAGGAGGAGGAUGGCCUUCCCGGGAAGAGGACUGCCGCGAAGCGCAGCCACCUUCUUGCACCUGCGGGUGGCCCGAUUCAGAUUCUGGUGGGUCCGCC